CAACAUGUUUAGACGUCUGGGGCAAAAUGCCGGUAGUUUGUUAAAAGUUAGAAAGAUGGUUUACAGGAUGUAGUAGUGCACUUUCCCACAUGCAGUGAUGGAUGCAGCUCAAUGCAGUUAACCGAACUUUGAUGACAUAUCCGUCCAAAUUUUUCUACCUCUUGCAUUUAAAAAAAAUAUAUUUUUGAUACUUCUACGUAAUGGCCGAGUGUGACGGAAGUGAUGACGAAGAUCAGUUCUAUGAUGCCUGUGAGAGGCUUCCCGUCACAGCGGAAGGAAUGGACCUACCCGCGUCCAUCGAAGACACCAAGAUCUCGCUGGACCUCUUCCUCAAUAACAACUUCAAUGAGGCCAGGUCACGUCUCAAGCCGUGGGUUUCCUCUAGUAUGUACCAUGCCCUGGGUUAUGGCACCAUCAGUUACCUCCAGGCUAUCAUGACCUUUGACCCCGAUGACAUCACGGAGGCCAUCAAGUGGGUCAAGAACUCCAUCGAGGUGUCCAACCGGUUCCGUCGCCAUGGCAACAUGAUGGAGUCCAUGUCCAAGAUGGUGCGCAAGCCGAACUACGACAACUACACGGACGCUGAAAUUCACGGUGAGCUGUGCUACGCCGAGUCCAUCCUCGAGAGGGCCCUUAUCACGUUUAUUCAGGACGACAAUCUCAUCAGCUUCAUCAAAGGGGGCCUCAAGAUCCGAAGCGGCUACCAGUCAUACAAGAAUUGCACUCAAAUGCUGCGUCACAGAACGUGGAAGGAUCAAUACUCCAAGAUGCAUUUUGAGAGCGGCGUUCGGUUAGGACACGGAACUUUCAAUUUGAUGAUCUCGAUGCUUCCCAAGAAGGUCAUGAAACUGUUAGAAUUCAUUGGAUUCUCAGGGGAUAGGGACCAUGGUCUUUCUGAGUUAGAUUCAGGCAGCAAGCUGGCCAGCCUCAGAGCUCCACUGUGCGCCUCGGUGCUCAUCUGUUUCCACACAGUGGCAACAUAUACAUUCGGCACGGCGGAUGGCGAUGUUGAACAUUCCAAGGAGGUCUUGGCCCCGUGUCUCAAGAAGUACCCGACGGGGGUCAUAUUCCAGUACUUUGAUGGCCGGAUUGAGGAGAUUACAGGCAACUUAUCAUCAGCCAUCGACAAGUUCACAGAGUGCAUAGCUUCUCAGCAGCAGUGGCGGCAGUUCCAUCACAUCUGCUACUGGGAGCUCAUGUGGUGCCACGCCUUCCACUUAGACUGGCUCAUGGCCUGCAAGUAUGCCGACAAACUCUGCAAGGAGAGCCGCUGGUCAAAGGCCACGUACUACUACCAGCAAGCCUGCUUCAUGUCCAUGUGCCCGGACCAGACUGAACAGACCAAGAAGAAUUUGAAUGCCAUGUUCCGCAAGGUGCCAGACUUCAAGCAGCGGGUGGCGGGCAAGUCCAUCCCGUUUGAGAAGUUCGCUGUUCAGAAGUGCAAGAAGUUUCUGGAGCACGGGAUAAAGAACACCCUCGCUGGCUUGGAAUUGAUUUAUACAUGGAACGGAUUUGUCAUAAUCGGCCAGAAAGAAGAACUGCUGGUUCCCAUUGUUAACAUCAUCGAAGCAACGAUCAAAGACCUUAAUAAAACAAAAGGCACCGAUGUGUGUUACUCUGACGACUACGGCCUUGCCAUGCUGCUCAAGGGUCUGUGCCUGAAAUCGCUGAAGAGACCGUCACAGGCAGAAAUGUGCUUCCAAGAAGUCAUGGAACAAGAGGGUAAGAUCUUGUACAACAACUAUCUGGUCCCCUACGCAACAAUGGAGCUGGGUCUUCUGUACUUGGAACACAGCCGACUGGAGGAAGCCAAGCUAUUCCUCCUACAGUCCAGAAGCAAGAAGAAGUUCAUGUUGGAAAACAAGCUCCAUUUCAAGGUCCACUCGGCCAUCAACAACCUCCGGGCACAGCUGGAAGCCGCGGGCAACAACAACACCACCACGACCCAAGACCUAGACUCCCUCGACGACGAACUGAUGGAGGGGGAGAACGGACAGGAUGGAGCGGUAGCCAUGGCAACAGAGGAUGCAAUCGCGAGUCAGAGCUGAAAACCGUCAUGUGACUGGUUGCUCGAUAUUAACCCAAACGGUUCAAGACUUUUUGCCAAAAAAUGCAUCCCGAGUCUUUUCAAAAUCUCAAAGUGUCCGAUGUCCUAACUCAAAUCUUGAAAAGGUUUCAAUGAAAAUGAUAACCCAUAUGGGUUUGAAUUAAAAGUCAUUUGAUAAAGAAAGGGACGUCUUGCAUUUUUAAGUUAAUGAGAAAUGUUUUCCAAGGAAGAUAAUUUAUAUGUAUAUUGAAAUAUAUCUAAGGCAUGAUUUGCCCAAACAAGGUUGGUGUAAAUUGGAUUUUUUACAAGGUCGAUUGUUAGAAACAAAUUAUGUAUGUGUACAGAAUAUCUUUUCAGUGACAAUGCAGAUAUUUAACUUGAAAUAAUUUUACGCCACAGGUUUGUGGCUUCAGAUUAGUGUCCCAUGAACAAAAACAGUGACAAAAUGGGGAACUGUCAACAUAGGGCUGGAUAGCUCAGUUGGUAGAGCACCGGAACGGCGAUCUGGAGGUUCAAACCCCGCUCCAGUUAUAUUUUUUGUUCAACCAAGUGUUAAUUUAAAAAGAAAGUAGUUAGUUUUGCAAUUGUGGUUUAUUUUAUGAGAAACAAGGGAAUAAAUGUGUGCUUGGCCGGUUUAAACACUAUGUUUAAGACCGUUAGGAGUCUGGGAUGCUGAUAAUUAACUGAGCCAAAGGCUUUUUCGUUAAAAAAAAAUCUAAGUUUUUCGGUCAAAAAGUCAAAACAAGUCAAAAAAUUUAAAUUUCCAAUGAUUUUGUUCAACAAUUUUACCUCAUGUUUUUUUUAAACACCCUUCUAGCUAUAUUGUGGUAUGUCCCUCUCGCGAAGUCGUAAACAACUCCUUAUAUGGAGAUUGUUGCACGCGUACUGCGCGAUGUGGGCCAGAAUGCAGCUGUGCCAGUGUAUUGUGAAUUUAGGACUAUGAAAUACUGACUCACCGGUAGUAUUGCGCAUGCCUACGUGAGGAUUGUGAACAUUCAACCAACAAAAGGGUAAAAGGCACUGAGUUUCAUAGGAGUCCAAAUUUCAUGUGACACUGGAAAAGUGUUAAGAAACCGUCUAAAACUGGCCACAUGACGACCAAUAGGAAUGGGUAAACUGUCUUAGGUAUUUAUGAAUUGUGUUUAAGGAAAUGUUGCCGUGACACGUUUAUUUAGAUAGAGUAGUGUGCGUUUCUUUUAACUUGUUGUCAAACAGUUUUUGAAGUGUUUUCAUUCUUCCUUUUUGUAGACUUUUGUUAAAAACAUUGUUUUAAGCUGUAGUGUGCAAUUUAAUGUGAUUCCAAUUUCAACUUUUUGGGGUGGGUUUUUUGGAUCACAUUUUAG